GAGGCUUUUCCUUCCGGGAGGCGGGGACAGAGGAAAAGGCUCUUUGAAUGUGGUGAUGGAAUUUCGAGUGUUUUGGAGGCGCUGAUUCUUUUCUUGGUUAACUGAGAAUCUCUGGGUGUAGGGAGGGCCUGCGUCGGUUCUUCCUUGGACGGGCCCUUCUGUGCGGGAGAGCCGGACGGCGCCGGCGGCGGACCCGAAGAGGAAGCUAAGCCUGGGGCAGUGCCGCCGCGGCCGGACCUUCGGGCGGCUACCGGAUGUACUAUGCUUUCUUGUGAUAUUUGUGGUGAAACAGUAACCUCAGAACCAGACAUGAAGGCUCACCUUCUAAUUGUGCACAUGGAAAAUGAAGUUAUAUGUCCAUUUUGCAAGUUGUCAGGUGUGAAUUAUGAUGAAAUGUGUUUUCAUAUUGAAACUGCUCACUUUGAGCAAAAUGAACUAGAAAGAAGCUUUGAAAGGAUCAAUACGAUACAAAUUAGAACUUCAGAUAACAGGAAGGACAACACCUUGCAGUGUAGAAUGGAAGUUAAUUCUAGUGUCCAUUCAGCUUGUGCAUCUAAUCAUCCAAAAACUUCACCUCAAAGCCUGCCUAGUGAUGACACUUUAAAACAUAAAGCCUAUUCGGAGAACUUAACUGAAUCUAGAAAAUUCCUUAAAAGUAGGGAGAAAGAGUGUGACCUAUCUAAAAUAAAAGGAUCAAUUUAUGAAACAGUGUAUAGUCCUCCCGAAUGUCCAUUCUGUGGAAGAAUAGAAGAUUGCAGUCAAGAUAUGGAAAAUCAUGUGAAAACGAAGCAUGCCAAUCUUUUAGACACUCCAUCAGAAGACCAUGAUCAACCACUGUAUGACUGUCCUAUGUGUGGGCUCAUCUGUACAAAUUACCAUAUUCUUCAGGAGCAUGUUGACUUACAUUUAGAAGAAAGCAACUUUGGACAAGGCAUAAAUAGAGUACAGUGUUCUCGAGAUCUGGAAUUGGCUCACCAACUUCAACAAGAAGAAGACAGAAAGAGGAGAUCUGAAGAAGCACGACAAGAAAUGGGAGAAUUUCAGAAGCUGCAGAGACAAUAUGGUUUAGAUAACUCUGGAGGAUACAAACAACAGCAACUACGAAAUAUGGAGAUAGAAGUCAAUAGGGGAAGAAUGCAUCCAUCUGAAUUUCAUAGAAGAAAAGCUGAUAUGAUGGAAUCUCUAGCUAUUGGUAUUGAUGAUGGAAAAACAAAAACUUCUGGAAUUAUUGAAGCACUUUAUAGAUACUAUCAGAAUGCUGCCACAGAUGUGAGACGCGUGUGGCUUUCCACAGGGGUGGAUCACUUUCAUUCAUCUUUUGGUGACAAAGGUUGGGGUUGUGGUUACAGAAAUUUCCAGAUGCUACUUUCAUCAUUACUGCAAAAUGAUGCUUAUGAUGAUUGCUUGAAAGGUAUGUCAAUUCCUUGCAUUCCAAAAAUUCAGUCUAUGAUUGAAGAUGCAUGGAAGGAAGGUUUUGAUCCACAGGGUGCCUCUCAACUUAAUAACAGGUUGCAGGGAACAAAGGCCUGGAUCGGAGCAUGUGAAGUAUAUACACUCCUGACCUCCCUACGGGUAAAAUGCCACAUUGUUGAUUUUCAUAAGUCAACUGGUCCUUUGGGUACCCAUCCUCGCUUAUUUGAAUGGAUAUUGAACUAUUAUUCUUCAGAGAGAGAAGGGAAUCCAAAAGUAGUGUGUACAUCUAAACCUCCUAUCUAUCUUCAGCAUCAAGGUCAUAGUCGAACAGUUGUUGGAAUUGAAGAGAGAAAAAAUCGAACAUUAUGUUUACUAAUAUUUGAUCCUGGAUGUCCUUCUCGGGAAAUGCAGAAACUAUUAAAGCAAGAUACAGAGGCUAGCAAUCUCAAACAACUUCGGAAAUUUGUGGGAAAUUUAAAACAUAAGCAGUACCAGAUAGUGGCAGUAGAGGGUGUUCUUUCUUCUGAGGAGAAAAUUGCCAGGAGACAAGCUUCUCAAGUCUUCACAGCUGAGAAGAUUCCUUGAAGAAUUAAGCAUUUCAGUGAUCAUGGGAUUUUACUUUCUUUUCCAAAUUCAGAUACUAUAAACUCCCUCAUAGUGCUUACGAAUCUGAAUUCUCUAAAUACUCAACUUAUAAUUUCUGAAACAUCCAAAUCAUACCUCGAGUACCUCACUGUUUAGAAACUAUUUCAAUAAACUGUUUUGUUUGCAUUAUGA